CCCCCUGAGUUGCUCAAUUUCCCAUUUUCACCCAAAACUUUCAAAACCCCACUGCCCCAAAUGUACCCGCCUUCUCACCCUAAUUUUUUGCCCUAAUUCUUAAUUUUUUUUUUCUUAAUCACAGCUGGUUUUCAUUCAGGUACAUCUGACUUAACGAACUCCCCCAAUUUAUUUCUGGUAAUCCUGCACCAAAAUCAACUCGAGAUGCUCUAAGGUACUGGUAUACAUACGCGUAUACGAGCAAAUAUUUAGGGCUUUGGGGGGUUGUUAAUUCUUGAGUAAAAUUUUGGAUUCGGGAAAGGAAAUGGUGGGAGAGAGCGAAGAGCAAGAGGAGGAGAAGGGCACACCUGAAGCUGAAGAAAAAGGUGAGUUUAAGGAAGACGCUGGUGAGGCAGAAGAGCGAGAAGUGGAAGAGGAGGAGCAGAAUGAAGAGAAAGAAGCGCAAGAUGAGAAAGCGGAAGAGAAUGAAAUAAAAGAAGAAGAGGGAAAUGUUGGGGAAGAAGAGGAAGUGAAAGAGAAGGAAGAAGAGGAUGUGAAAGUGGAGGAAGAAGAGGAGGUAGAAGAGGGACAGGGUGAGGAAGAAGAAGAUGAUGGGAAGAAAGGGGAGGAAAGGUUUGAGGAGAAACGUGCGACGAAGAGAUCGAGAAAAGAGAAGACAAGUGCGACUGGGGGAUUAUCGUCACCAAGGACGCCAGGGAGUGAGAGGCCGAGCAGGGAGAGGAAAACAGUGGAAAGGUUUACGGUGAAUGCCACUGCAAGGGGCUCCGGUACCAAGCAUUUGGCCAUUGAGAAGGGUCAAGGAACACAGCUCAAGGAUAUUCCCAAUGUGGCCUUCAAGUUGUCCAAGAGAAAAGCUGAUGAGAACCUGCACCUUCUUCACACUGUUCUUUUUGGCAAAAAAGCAAAGGUGCAUACUCUGAAGAAAAAUAUAGGGCUCUUUUCUGGUUUUGUAUGGCUUGAGAAUGAGGGAAAACAGAGGGCUAAAGUUAAGGAGAAACUUGACAAAUGUAUUAAAGAAAAACUGGUAGAUUUUUGUGAUGUCCUUAAUAUUCCAGUCAAUAAAGCUUCUGUAAAGAAGGAAGAACUUUCUGCAAAGUUAUUGGAGUUCUUGGAAUCUCCUCAUGCUACAACAGAUGCCUUGCUUGCUGACAAGGAAAAGGGGAAAAAGCGAAAGAGUAGUGACCAAGUAAGCAAAACUCUCGGUUCUUCUAAUGCGGCUACAGGGAAAUCUACAAAGAAACAAAAAUUCGACUCUGAAUCUGGAAAGAAGCGCAAGUAUUCAGCUGAGGAAGAGGAUGAUGAGAAAAGUGAACCUUCACAAAGCGAUGAUGCUCAGGACAAGGACAAUAAAGUUCCAGAUGUGGAAAGUGACCAGGAAGAGAAUGAAUCAGAGGAAGAGACAGAUGAAGAUGAAGAUCAGGAUGAACCCAAAAAUCAGAUGGUUGCCAAAUAUUCUGCAAAAAAAAGUACAAAGAAAGAUACUGAUAGGUCUGAUAAGAAGUCUAAGCCUGCUGGUAAAAGAAUGCCUGCAAAAUCUUCUAAUACCCCUGGUAAACCUACUAAAGACUCUUUGAGUUCAGCAUCAAAGAAAGGUGCUGCUGAAUCUGAGCCCAAGAGCAAAAUGAAGGCAGCCUCAACUAAGAAACGAAAAACUGAAAAGGAAAGCGAGAAGGAUACAAGUAAAUCCGCAAAGGAUACAGCUUCAAGCAAGUCUUCAACCAAAGUUCUGAAAAAGGAUCUAGGAGAAGGCAAAAGUAGCAAAAAGGCCAAAAAAGAGCCCAGCAAAGAAGAAAUGCAUGCAGUAGUAGUUGACAUACUGAAGGAAGUAGAUUUCAACACCGCAACACUAUCUGAUAUUCUCAGACAACUCGGAAAGCACUUUGGGAUAGAUCUAAUGCAUAGGAAAUCUGAAGUUAAAGAUAUAAUCACGGAAGCAAUAAAAAACAUGUCUGAUGAUGAAGAUGAGGAAGCAGCUGAGUCUGGAGAUGAGUCGGGAAAAGAUGGAGAGGAUGAUGAGGCUUAGAUUCACCUAAAGAGGACUUCUUUCCCUCAGCAGUCAUGGGCAACAAUGCACUGGGUUCUGAUCAACCGUUUGUCUAAUCAAAUGAAUAUAUUUACCAUUGACAAUUUGACCCUUUGCAGGAUCCCAAUAGGGGGCUGUAUCAUAAAUAUUUUGAUCUCUCACGGAUGCCGCUCUAGCGCUAGCUCCCUGUGGCUCUACUUAAUUUUGUAAAAUUAACUUAAGAAUUUUGGGAAGUUGGGUGUAUGCAAAAGGUAUAUGAUUGUAA